AUGGUACCAAGUGCAGCUCUCGCUUCACUUCCACGGCUCCACCACGACACGUCUUUGCGGACUCCUCAGUCAGCAUUGGGAGUCUCCCCUCUGGCGCCGGAAGAGACACGGGCAGAGCGUGAAUUGCUGAGCUCUUUACCGGAGUUUCAAGAGGCAGCACAGGUGCUGCUGGGCCAAGGAGGAGAAGCAGCGAAGCUCUUGCCCGACUAUAAACGGGCGGGAAAACGCGCUGCCGAAGCUCCAGCGCACCGUCGAGAUCUGCCGUUCGUCCAUGGGCUUCCAGAGCGUCUAUUUGCAGGCAGCUUUACGCCACUUGGUGGCUACGCUCGUAAUGAAAGGCGACGUAGCGGCGGCCAGAAAGGUCAUGCAAGAACGUGGUGA